AUCAUCACCAAGUCGCUCACAUGGCCAAAGAAACCGACUACGAAAAGCUUAACCUUCCAAGUGAUCCCAAGUUACCGGCGUGGAUUUUGACACCCAAGGAAGAGAAGUUGAUCUUUCAGAGGUGGAGGAAGAAGGCAUUCAAGCAGUGCGAUGAGCUCAUAAAAGUGUAUAUACGGUGUUCCAACAGUUACCAGAAUCCAUGGGAUGCCAUGGGCCACUGCAAGGAUUUCAACGACGCCCAGUUGGCGUGCAUGAAGGAAUACCAGCAGUUGAAGUAUUUGGACAUUGAGAGAGAUAUUUUGAUCCAGGAGAAAAAUGCAAAGAAGCAGGGUUGAGAAUAUGAUUAGACUGUAAAUAGGAAUAUAUAAUGAUAUGAAGGGUGAUGCACGGGAGAGGCACGAGUGCGGGCAGUACCGUCCCACCGUACCAAUCGCCGUACCAUUAGUACCAAGGCCGCGGUUGAAAUACCCAGAUUUCCAUUCAACUCGUUGACUCAAUUGUUGUUCUUUCUGGGAGUGCUGGAAAGCAUGUUCCUAUAUUUGAAGGCAGUCAGAGACGGGGGAUUCAAUGACCAGGGACUCAGGAACUCAGGAACCCUGACGUAGCAGAUUCAUAAUUUGUACAUAUUCAUAAACUAUUCAUAGUUUGUACAUAUUCAUAAACUAUUCAUAGUUUGUACAUAUUCAUAAACUCAUGACACUCAUAGAUUCACAACAUCCACACCCAGAAGCAUACCACCCUCGUGCUCCUAUUCCUCCCCACUCUCGUUAUCAUUCGUAAAGUUGUCCUUGUCAAACACCCGGUGACACGCCAUAAACAACGACCCAUGGCUAAUCCCAAGAUUCUGAAUCGACUUGAACUGGUAACACGUCGUAUCGAUCAACUCAUCAAAGUCCUGGAGAUUAGACUGGAGCUGCAUGAGCUGACUAUUCAAGUGACUAAGCUGGCUCUGUUUGAAGCUUGACAGGUUACUAAGUCUGCUCAUCGGUGUU